UUCAGGGCAAAAUUUUGGUGCACCUUCAUCCAAUCAUACUUAGGAUCCCACAGCUGAACUUGUUAAUGAAAUUCCCUCUCACAGUUAAAAAUAAAUAACCAAAAAAUACUAAAUAUGAAUGUGGCAGAAAGGCAAUUUGAUGUUUGUAAUUAUCGAGGUAAACUCCACAACCUGCUGAAUGUAUGCAAAAUGGACCCUGGAUGGUAUAUAUAAAAGUGGCAUGUGCAAAGAAUAAGAGGAAGUAUUGAGACUUCUUUCUGAUAAAGCAAGCCAUCAUACAGGAUCCCUACCAUGAGCAACAAGGGGUCUUCACUGAAAGGUUUGUUGCUGGUGGUUCUUCUGGUGUCCAACAUGCUCCUGACAAAGGAAGGAGUCACGUCCUUGCCAAUCUGCCCCAGUGGAUCUGUCAAUUGUCAGGUUUCCCUUGGGGAACUUUUCGACCGAGCUGUUAAACUUUCACACUACAUCCACUUCCUCUCUUCGGAAAUGUUCAAUGAAUUUGAUGAACGCUACGCUCAGGGCCGGGGUUUUAUUGCAAAAGCUGUUAAUGGCUGCCACACUUCCUCCUUAACCACUCCUGAAGAUAAGGAGCAAACUCAGCAGAUUCAUCAUGAAGACCUACUGAAUUUAGUAAUGGGAGUGCUACGCUCCUGGAAUGAUCCCCUGAUCCACCUGGCCUCUGAAGUACAAAGAAUCAAAGAAGCUCCAGACAGCAUCCUCUGGAAGGCUGUAGAGAUCGAAGAGCAAAACAAGCGGCUUCUAGAAGGAAUGGAGAAAAUAGUUGGGCGGGUAAGUAUUAGGUCCUUAAUGUCCUUUCAGACUGUUGCU